ACGACCGCGGCGAGGGCAGUGUCCCGGAGCGGAGUCGGGAAAAGUGUUCCCGUAUUCCAGCCCGGAGAGGGACCCCCGCCGUUGGGCAGGUCGGACCCUCCGGGAUGCCGCGCAGGCCGCGUCUGAUGAGAAAUGGAAAUCUGGCUCCAAGUCAUCCUUCCUGUUGUUGACAUCACCUGAAAACUCCGCUGGAAAUAUUUCCACUAGUUUGCUGCAAACAUCGCCUCCCCCCGAGGUCUCAACACCUUGAGCAGUGUACAGAGACUUGCUGUUGUUGCCAACACUGGAAAGACUGAAGCUGGCACCCCCAUAGUCCUUCUCCAGAGAUUGCCUUGCAAGACACAGCUAUAAAAUGUUCAUCAGAAAAAACUGAACCCUCGAUCCUUAAGAGUCCAAUGGAUGGCCUAGCAAUAGCAUCACUGUCCAGGGAGCUGGAAUCCUUCCUCGCCUGCCUGCAUGCUGCUUGAACUGAUCCCAAGCCUUUGUUUUUGGACUGAAGAAACGUGAAAACCUUUCUCUCCUAAUUCAUGAGCCAGCAGGAUGUGGUCGCCGUGCUUUCAGAACGCCUGCUUGUAGCCGCCUACAAAGGCCAAGUGGAGAAUGUGGUGCAGCUUAUCAACAGGGGUGCCAAGGUAGCAGUUACCAAGCAUGGCCGGACCCCCCUGCAUCUUGCUGCCUACAAAGGUCAUCUCCACGUUGUCCAGGUUUUGUUGAAGGCAGGUUGUGAUCUGAAUAUUCAGGAUGAUGGUGACCAGACAGCACUGCACCGGGCUGCUGUUGUAGGGAACACUGAUAUAAUAGCAGCUCUCAUUCAAGAGGGCUGUGCUUUGGACAGACAAGACAAGGAUGGGAACACUGCUCUUCAUGAGGCUUGUUGGCAUGGAUUCAGUCAGUCUGCCAAAGUGCUUGUUAAAGCAGGAGCCAACGUUCUUGCCAAGAACAAGGCAGGUAACACACCUCUUCACCUGGCUUGCCAGAAUAGCCAUUCCCAGAGUACUCGUGUUUUGUUACUUGGAGGAUCUCGAGCAGACCUCAAAAAUAAUGCAGGAGAUACCUGUCUGCAUGUGGCUGCUCGUUAUAAUCACUUGCCCAUCAUUAGGGUGCUGCUCAGUGCUUUCUGUUCUGUCCAUGAAAAGAACCAGGCAGGGGAUACUGCACUCCAUGUAGCUGCUGCCCUAAAUCACAAGAAGGUGGUGAAGCUCUUGCUGGAGGCAGGGGCUGAUGCAUCUGUUGUCAACAAUGCAGGCCAGACCCCUCUAGAGGUUGCCAGACAGCACAAUAACCCCGAGGUUGCGCUCCUGCUCACUAAAGCAUCACAGGUCUCGCGUUUUAACCGUGGGAGAAGCCUGAGGAAGAAGAGAGAGAGACUGAAGGAGGAAAGGAGGGCUCAGUCGGUGCCACGGGAUGAAGUGGUGCAGAGCAAGGGCAGUGUCUCAGCUGCUGAUGACACACCAAGCAGCGACCAGCCCCCAGAGAGGAAGAACAAUCUGAAGGAUAAACCCCGGUCAGCCUCACCAGAUCCCAAAGGGAAAAAGAGCAAAAAGAAAAAGCCAAAGGAAAAGGUUUCAGCACUCUCAGACCCCAUCUCCCCAGCUGACCAGCAGGCAGUCCCUCAGCCCCAGAAGAACGCGCCCAAGCGCAGAAGCAAACACCACUGCCCCUCUCCACCCCCUCCCCACGAGGUGCGAGCCUACCAGCUCUACACGCUGUACCGAGGCAAGGACGGCAAGGUGAUGCAGGCGCCUAUAAAUGGAUGUCGUUGUGAGCCCCUGAUAAAUAAACUGGAGAAUCAGCUGGAUGCAACAGUGGAAGAGAUAAAAGCUGAGCUUGGGACAGUACAAGAUAAAAUGAAUAUUAAGCUGGGCCAGAUGGAAAGCAAGACUCAACACCAACUCCGAGUUCUGGACAAGCUGAUGGCCGAGCGGCUGUCGGCAGAGAGGACAGAGUGCCUGCACCGCCUGCAGCAGCACACGGAGCUGGAGAAGAGUGAGGGGGAGAAGCGGCAGAUUUCCUUGGUUGAUGAGCUGAAGACCUGGUGCUUGUUGAAGAUUCAGAAUCUGGAGCUCAAGCUUUCUGGAGAUUGCAGAUCAUCCAGACCAAAAUCAACUUUGUCCACUUGUGAGUCUCUCACUGAGACCCUGGAUACUGACAACAACCCCAACAGUGCCAAGGACUGUAAAGCCAACCAGCCUGUGCUGCAGCCAAAGGACAAAGCUGUGAGUGCCAGCACGUUCCACAGGUUCCAGCAGGAGCUGCCCUCCUCCGAGCUUUCGGGCUCCAAAUUAAGACACGUUAAAGUUCAAGCUGCUUUGCAGCCAGUGACUGAACCUGCAAAGGCUGAACCACAGAGCGGCUACUUCCUUGACAAAGGAACUCAGACGAAGAAGCCCAGCAAAAGCGGGCAGUCGAGGCACAAAGCUGUGCACCACGGCGGGGCUCAGCAGGGCCAGGAGCAGCAGCCCUCGGGCCCGCCUGCCCCUCCGCUCAGAGACACCUCCCAGGCCCUGGAGAUAACCCAGUACUUCUUCGAGGCCGUCUCCACGCAGAUGGAGAAGUGGUACGAGCGGAAGAUAGAAGAGGCCCGGUGCCAAGCCAACCAGAGAGCGCAGCAGGACAAAGCUGCGCUCAAGGAGCACAUCAAAUGCUUAGAAGAGGAGCUGAGCAAAUUAAGGACUAAGGUGCAGAAAGAGAGCUAGCACCUGCCAGGCAGCUAAUCAAACAACGGGACUCAUUUUGGAACCUGCUGUAUGGGAAUUGGGCAUAUUGAUAGAUAUUUGUAGUGCCUGUUACAUCCAAACACAACACUCUAUUUCAGGAGUAGAAAUAACUUUGGAAACUCCAUAACUGAGGAGAAUUCAUAUGCAAACUAUAUUGAUAACAAAGAGAUGCUGCAGAUUAGAUCCUUUCUUUGUUAUUUUCAAGAGUCUUUCAAUAUUACAUUCUCAGUUUCCAGAUGCUGCUUGAAACCAAACUGCAUUAGUAACCAAAACUGCUUUCUGAAAAAAGGAAUUCCCUUACUUCCACACAGGACACAAGACUAGAGGGUUCUACUGUAUGCUACAUGUAAACACGUUGUGUUACCAGUACUGAAAUAAAUCCAAGAUGUUUGAAAGUUUUUGACAGAAUUACUUAGUGAUGAAGGGCUAUUGAUCCUAUUUUAGAUACUCCCAGGGCCUCUCUCUAGUCAGGAGAGGAGCCAAAGAACCCACUCCAGGUACAAGCCCAGGUAGCUGACAGAUGCAGGCUUCUAGCUGGGAGAGGGCAGGCAGCUGUGGAGGGAGAUGCUAGGGCAAAUCAUCCCAAUAGGUACAGAAGCUUCAGCAGAAGCUUCACUUUGCUUUUCUCUUGGUUUUCCAUUAUUAAAACAAAUGCUUAAUCUGAUUUGUCUUUUUUUUAAUGGUGUCCUGCUUGCAGAGCUCCUCGUGAUUACACUAUUGUUGAGGCUCUACUCCAGUAAUCUGACUAAGAAUUUUGUUUAGGGCAUGGAUGACAAGUAUUUUACUGUAACCAUGGUCUGUUUUUUGUGUUGAAUGUUUUAUAUAAAUAUUUUUUCCUUCAAGCAGGAAAUGCCUAAAUUGUCUACUAUUGAAGAAGCUUGAAAAAGUCCUUUAUCUAAGGAAGUGAAAGCUUGGCUUCCUGAAUUCAAAUUUUAUUUUUCUGCAGUCAGGAUUCUUUCUCAGGCACCUUGCCCAGACUGUCUACCAUUUUUCUGCUGAAUGAUUCCUCCUGGUUUUUUCCCUUCUGUCUCUAAAAAGGAGACCAGGCCCUGAUGAGCCUACAGGUUUUAGGACAAACAGUCCCACAAAACAGCACUCAACAUUUAGUUUUAUAAUUGUGUUUUGUUAUUAAAUCAGAACUUUCAUUGACCAAUGUUGUCCAUACUGACAGACUCCAGAUAACUUCAAGGCACUGUAACUACUGCAUCUGCAUCCCUUUAGGGUUUCCUCCUUACACAUCUGAGAAGGAUCCAUCAGAUCCUGCUAGAAAUAGAAGUUUAUUUACCAGAUCAUGAUAGAACAACUGUUCAAAAACAGUUCCAACACAGGAUGGUACUGUUAUGCCACGGAGAAAAAUAUUUUCUGUACUAAGGAGCUCCAAAAAAAUACAAAAUACUUUACAGUGUUGAAGAAUGCCAUUCACUAAUUAGUAAUUAAGCCUUUGUCUUCUUAGCAGAUGUAUAAAGCAAAAAAGUCCUAUUAUAUAACAAUAUUUUUAAAGUUCCUAUUAAUGCACUAUCAUGACAGGAGAAGUGUAUCUGCAGCUAUGGAAAUACUAGUUUUCUUGCUCUGACUUCUGUAGUCUAACAUAGACACUUUGGUAUGUUUACAGUUUUGUUUGAGCUACAGUAGGAAUGCAGAAGCAUGCUAUUGAAGUUUUGUAUCCCCUGGAUGAAGUUCAUGUCUUGCCAAGCAAUUAAAGUAAGUGUUGCUCAGAAA